AUGUCUUCUCACGAUGAUCACAAGUCCUCAACUGAGGGUGCCAUAGAGAAGUCAACAUCCACCAAUGUCGAACACCUUGAAAAGUCCCACGGCACCGUUGUCGAAUUUGAUGACUCUAUUGAAGAUACCAAACCUUCCAAAUCAGUUUGGCUCAUCACAUUCACCGUUGCCAUGGGCGGCUUUUUGUUCGGUUAUGACACUGGUGUCAUCUCAGCUGUUCUGGUUACUAUCGGCGACGAUCUUGGCCAUGACCUCGAUUCUCAUGAGCAAGAGCUUAUUACCUCAAUCACUUCUGGCGGCGCUCUCAUCGGUGCUCUGAUGGCAGGCCUUCCAGCUGACAAAUACGGCCGUAAGCUUGGAAUCUACAUCGGUUGCUUUCUCUUCCUCGUUGGAUCUGUUGUCCAGGCCGCUGCCUUCAAUAUUGCCGCCAUGACUGCGGGACGUCUAAUUGUGGGAUUCGGAGUAGGAUCAGCUGCCAUGAUCAUUCCUCUUUAUAUCGGAGAGCUCGCCCCGGCCAAAUAUCGCGGUCGCAUGAUUGCUUUCGAUAACCUCAGUGUGACACUGGGUCAACUAGUAUCUUACGGUCUUGGAGCAGCUCUUACCGAUGUUCCUCACGGCCGGAGAUACAUGAUCGCUAUCGGCGGCAUUCCCCCUAUCAUCCUUGCCGCUUUGCUGCCUCGUUGCCCCGAAUCGCCUCGCCAGCUCAUUGCGCAUGGAAAGAGAGACGAAGCUGAGCAGUGUCUCCGACGGGUCUACCCAGAUGCUACGGAGGAACAGCUCAGGGCUAAACUCGAACGCAUUAUCUGGACUGUGGAGGUCGAGUCUUCGGUUGCGGCCAAUAAGUCUCUUUGGUGGCAGUUCAAGCAGCUUCACUGUGUGCCAUCCAACCUUCGGGCGCUGAUUUCUGCUUGUACCGUCAUGGCCAUCUCUCAGCUUGGCGGUUUCAACACUCUCAUGUACUACUCCGCCACCCUGUUCUCCCUCGUCGGGUUCAACAAGCCCACCGCCGUCGCCAUCGUCGUUGGUGCUACCAACUUCCUCUUCACAUUCGUCAACUUGGUUGUCAUAGAUAAGCUUGGGCGCCGUAUCAUUCUGCUAGUCACUGUGCUCGGCAUGGCUAUAAGCAUGGUCAUCGCCGCCGUCGCAUUCCACUGGAUCCCCAUCUCCAAAGAUCUCGUCCUCCAGGCCGAUUCCGUCAACUGGGCUGGCAUCGUCGUGCUUGUCACCAUCAUAUUCUAUGUCGCCUUCUUCGCUACAGGUGUAGCCACCAUCGGUUGGGUCGGCACAGAGCUCCUACCUCUGGAGGUUCGCGCUCUUGGCACGAUGAUGAAUACAGUGACUUGCUGGAGCUGCAACCUAAUCAUCGCGUCUACCUUCCUCUCCAUGAUGAAGACCAUGACACCUAGCGGCGCAUUUGGCUUCUACGCAGGUAUCUGCUUCUUUGGCUGGAUCUUUGUCAUCUUCUUCUAUCCCGAGGUGAAGGGGCUUCCGCUUGAAGAGGUUAGGAAGGUCUUUGAGAAUGGGUUUGACGUCAAGUUGGCCAAACAGAUGCAGCGCGAUCUCAAGGCCAGCAGCCAGGCUUCUGUGGCAUCCAAGGCCUAA